UUCAGGAUCCAUGAAAGGUAGAUUAAUUGAAAAAGUAUUAAAAACACUUCAAUUUUUACUUCUUUCACUUCCAAAAACUUGUUUCUUCAACGUUAUAUCGAUUGGACAUAAAAAUUUUAUUAACCUCUUUGAGGAAAGUCGAGAGUGCACAGAUGAAAAUAUCGCAAUAGCUAUUAAAGAAGUUCAAAAAAUAACUGCAAAGGGUGGCACUCACAUUUAUGAAGCUCUGGAAUGGGUAUUAAACUUUUCACGUUCUGAUAUGCCAACAUCAAUUUUUCUGUUCUCGGAUUUUGAGACAUCUGACGCGAAUGUUGACCGAAUUGUUAAACUAAUAAAAGACUACAAAGAAAAAAAGAAUAAUUUCAGAAUAUUUUCAAUUGGAAUGAAUGAUUCUAUCUCUCACCAUUUUAUUGAAUCUACGGUUCGAGCCG